CUCAUUUUUCGAGCUCGUGCGGGGCGCGUUCUGUCCGAAAGAGCGCGUGAGAAUCUGCGUUCGUUCCCUCGCGGUAAGUUUGUGUGCGGAGCAGCGCUCGUUUCUCUUCUUGUCCUAUUACAAGUCUCCAGAAACCGAGUUCAAGGAGGACGAUCUUCUACCUCAACGAGUUUAAAAACCACAGCGCUUGAUUCUCACUGAAAACUCUUCUCGUCGUGAUCAGUGAAAUCAUGUCUGCCUCAGCGGCUAAAGUCAGUAAAAAGGAACUGAACUCGAACCACGACGGAGGGGACGAGACUUCGGAAAAAGAGCAGCAAGAAGCCAUCGAGCACAUCGAUGAAGUACAGAAUGAAAUCGACAGACUGAACGAGCAGGCGAGUGAGGAAAUUCUCAAAGUUGAACAGAAAUACAACAAACUUCGCCAGCCGUUCUUCCAGAAGAGGUCAGAACUCAUAGCCAAAAUCCCCAACUUUUGGGUCACAACAUUUGUCAACCACCCACAAGUCUCAGCCCUUCUUGGGGAGGAGGAUGAGGAGGCGCUUCACUAUCUGACCAGAGUAGAAGUGACGGAGUUUGAAGACAUCAAAUCUGGCUACAGAAUAGAUUUUUACUUCGAUGAAAACAUGUAUUUUGAGAACAAAGUCCUCUCCAAAGAAAUUCACCUGAAUGAAAGUGGAGACCCAACCUCAAAGUCAACAGAGAUCAAAUGGAAACCAGGAAAAGACCUCACAAGUCGGUCCAGUCAGACACAGAGUAAAGCGGGCAAGAAGAGGCAGCAUGAAGAACCUGAGAGUUUCUUCACCUGGUUUAAUGAUCACGCUGAUUCAGGGGCGGAUGAGUUGGGCGAAGUUAUUAAAGAUGACAUCUGGCCGAAUCCUCUUCAGUACUACUUGGUUCCAGACAUGGAGGAUGAGGAAGGAGAGGGUGAGGAUGAGGACGACGACGAGGAAGGUCUGGAUGAUAUUGAUGAAGAGGGAGAAGAUGAUGGAGAGGAAGAGGAGGAUGAUGAUGGAGAGGAUGAUGAUGGCGAGGAUGACUGAAGCUGAAAUAGAGGAAUAUUAUCCACAUUUCCCCAGUCCUGUUUCCAAAUUGCUUCUUUGGCUUUUUUGUUGUUUUUUGGGGAGCAAGAUGCUUCUUUUUCCUCUGUUUUUUGAUUUUGAGCUCCAUCUUUCCUCUAUCCUGAACUUGCCAUGUUGAAGUCCCCCGAACAGACUCAAAAUAAACUGACUGCAAAAUCUUGCCGACAUGGCAUCUACCAUCUCAAUUUCCAAAUGCAUUUCGAGGUAAUAAGCAAAACACUGUAGUUAUCGGCCGCAUGUCGUCUGGAGUAGACUUGCGAAUAGUGUUUUCUGUUUGGUUUUUUUUAUUUUUAUUAUUAUUAUAAAUAUAUAUGUACAAAUAUGUAUAAUUUCUUCCUGUUAAAGUUUUGUGUGGUUAAUUGAUCAGAAGCCAUGGUGCGCAGUGAUCUGCUAGCUCUAGCGUUCUCCACCGUUUUGUUACUUUAUUCUUGAUAUUUAAACCCUUCAUGGUUUAAUCAGCAGAUAGACAACAGUAGUGAAUCCCUGUUACCUCUUGUAACCGUGUCUGUUCAGGAGGGCUGAGGAAAAGAGGGUAUGUGGGCACCAUCAUUGAGUCUUUGAUUUUUAUCUUGUCUUGUUUUACAGACGUUCACCAGAUUUGAAAUGGAUUACAUUUUUGAUAAAAUAAAAUAUUAAAAAAAGGA